CCCAAUCGGUAACAGCAAGGGGCGGGGCUGUGCGGCGGCUGGUGAUCAAUCUUAACCGAAACAACUGCGGAUGCUGUAAAUCAGGAACAAAAACAGAAGUUGCUGGAAAAGGUCAACAGGUCUGGCAGCAUCUGUGAAGAAAGAAAAAAAAAUCAGAGUUAACGUUUCGUGUCCAGAGACCCUUAGAACAGCAACGUACCGGCCGGUGUUUGUAUGCAGGCGCAGCAUCAUUUUGACUGACGUCAGUGGGUGAAUGUCGGUUUUGUCGGAGCAGGUAAAGAAACAAAGAAAUCGGGGAGACAGUGAAGGCUCAUACCUACACUAAAUCCAUAGCGAUAUAUGAGCAUGCAGUCUGCAGGUUUCUCAUGUUGUGGGGCUGUUUCUUGAAAUGUCUUCAAACUUUCUUCCCUUCCUCCAUUAACGUAGUGACUAUCUACGUCCUGCUUUAUAAAGAUUGUGGAUUGUCUCCGUGUGUCAGACGUUACCUGGGGGCCAUGGCAGUGGCGGAUCUACUGGUCAUUAUACUCGACCUGACUUUGAGACAAAUUCCUGUUGUUUAUCGAGAACAGUUUUAUUUCCUGGUGUCCAUCCCCGUGUGUAAUAUCCAUGCCGCCCUGCUUUAUGCAGCCACUGACUGCUCUGUCUGGUUCACUGUCACUUUCACCUUUGAUCGAUUUGUGGCCAUUUGUUGCCAGAAGCUGAAAAGUAAAUAUUGCAGUGAGAAAAUGGCGGCUGUGGUUAUGGGAACAGUGACUGUGCUGAGCUGUUUAAAGAACAUUUUGUUGUAUUUUAUGUUCACAGCUCGCUUUUGGCUGGCGAACCUCCCCUGGUUUUGUUUUGUAACAAAUAACGUUUAUUUCUCUCUGUUCUGGGUCACAAUCGAGUUCCUCCACCACAUUCUAAACCCGACUCUCCCAUUUCUCCUGAUUCUGCUGCUCAACGUUUUCACCGUCAGACACAUUUUAGUGACCAGCAGAGCCCGCAGGAGACUCCGGACUCACACCAAUGGGGAUGAUCAGUGUGACACAGAAAUGAGAAAUCAUUUUACUGUUUAUGAUCUCGGCCAAUUUCAUCCUGUUAUGGUCAAUGUUAAUUGUGUAUUAUAUGUGGAGACGGAUGUAUGAUUUGAUUGAUGUGCCUUUCUCGAUAGAUAACUUUGUGGGGGAAUUGGGCUUCAUGCUGCAGCUCCUCAGUUGCUGCACAAACACCGGAAUUUAUGCCGUGACCCAGACUAAGUUCAGGCAGCAGCUGAAGAAUGUGCCGAAAUAUCCCUUUACCAAAAUUCAUCAAUCAAUCAAAUUCACUCAUUAAUCAAUCCAUCCAGGAUUUUCAUCAUUUCAGCUCAAUGUUUCAGCACUGAAGCAGCCUGUCACUUUGAUAACAGACUGAGGGUCGUGCUGGUUUAUCCAACCUUAUCCAACAGGGGGUUACAGGGAAACAUGCCAAUGCUCCUCUCAACGCAGGUUCCAAUAAUGAAGGGCACCAUUCCAUUGACUGUAUUGAUCACUUCAAUUGGUAAUUAAUAAAAAAAAGUUCAUUAA